AUAUCAAUGAAGCAAUAACAGCCUUGUGUUGUCUACUUUUCUGCUCUCCCUUAUCUUCCUGGCGUUUCCUUGAGGGUGUUAGAAGGAUAGGUAGUAGAGAGAGGAGAAGCUAAUCAUGGGUUCCUCUUCACUACCAUCUUUCAUUCAGAUGUCAUCUACAUAUUCUAGCAGCCCUCAAAAGAAGUUUCAAAUUGGAAUAGCUAGAACUAACACACAGUUUUCUUGGUCUUUUUCUUCUCCACCUUCUUGCAAAGUUCUUUACAAAUCAGUUCCUUUGGCUGCUUCAAUUGCAAUUCUUCUGUGGUCAAGCCCUGCACAUGCUGGGUUCAUGUCAGGAAUCUCUGGAAUAGAGUCUGUUCCUGGUCCUCAGCUACCUCCAAUUGACUUUCUCAAUCGCUUUAAUGAAGAAAACCAGAAGAAAUAUGCUGAAAAUGAUGCAAGAUUUCAAUCAUCCCCCCUUCUAAAGAAACUCCUUGAGCAAUCCAAGUUGAAUAAAGAGAAGAACCGUAAAGAAACUGAGGACAAGUACUGCAUACGUGGGGCAGAAUGGGGAGUUGGGGAUUGUUCAGCAGAGGGAAUGUCUCCAGAGGAGAGGGAACAAUUCAUAGCAAUGUUGAAGCAGAAGGCUGAACAAAAGUAAUAUGAUGCAACUUUGACAUGUAGGAUGGCACGAGGUGAAAAAAACAAUUAGGCCUCUUGCAGGGCUUCAAAGUUCUGUUUUCAAAUUCAUCAUACAUCGAUUACUUUUAUGUAUAAUUGUGAAAGAAAAAGCUCAUAAUUUCUAGUUUAUAGUUUUAAUUUCUUCU